AUGCUAGAUCUCACAGAGACGGCCGUCGACGACGACGACACAAAACAAAACGAGAUACUACGUAACGGCGACGACGGCGACGGCGUCACGUCGGUGCAGUGUGGUUCAGUCGGAACACAAUUUAACAACGUGACUAUAAAUAGUUCCUUGCAAGUUAAUACCGCGGAAUUGUUCAUUAGCUGCAUAGUAAAUUUUGUGAGAUAUUUCAGACCGAAUGAAUUGAUAUUGAUAGCAGUUGAAAAUGAUCUUUUAGAGACAAUAAAAUAUGAAAAUUUACUUGAUGAAUUUACUUUAAAAAGUGUUCGGAAAAAGACACUUUUUAAGUAA